UUUAAAAAUAUCAUUUUAUUAUUAUUUCUCUGAACCAAGACCGUCGAUCGAUUAAGUUGACUGUUCGUGCUGUUUUUUACCUGCCGUUUUUCUAUUGGUCAGAUUCGGUCAGCUGACAGGCGAGAAGGACACGUGACGUGUGGCAUGUGACCGAGCUGCUGUUUACAUGACAGGAAGAAAUGUCCGGUGUGGUCGAACACACCUGACCCCCUCCCUCCCUGACAACCCCCCAGUGUGUUUAAUAAAGUGUGAAGAUGCCGGAGGCUCAGCGGCCGGAGACUAACUCCAUCGCGGUGGCUGUGAUCCCUGAGAACCAGCACUGUGGCGAGGUAGCGGACAUCCUCAAAGCUGAACUCGCCCCCGGAGGCCCCCUGCUCGGAUGUCUGGGGGUCCGGGGCCGGCUGGUGGUGUGGGACCCGGCGGAGAGAGAGGCUCCUCCGGCUGCAGUGGACGGCUGCUGCUAGAGAGUGAGUCCACAGCAAAAUACCAUGAUAGAUUUUUCCUGGGAGGAGGUGUCUGUCAGCAGCUUCAGACUCCUGGCUGUAGGAUCUGAGUUCGACCUGAAGCUGCUGGAGGUGGAAGCAGAACGAUCACCCUCCAUUUCUCUGCUCUGUGUAUCUGAGUGUCCUGCAGACCGCCUGCUGCAGACCGUCAGAGAGCAGGAGCACAGUGUGUGUGAGCUGCAGUCGCUCCGCGUGUUGUCGUUUGCUGCCGGCCGCUGCUGCGUGCUGCUGAACGGCGGCUGGCUGCUGCAGCUGCAGCAGGUGGAGGAGCAGCUGCAGAUAUUAUCCUGCUGCAAAGUGCAGCUGACUGACAGGGACAGAAACGCUGCUGUCCACCAGUGUGUCUGCAGAGAAACCCUGUUCACCCUCAGCUCCACUGGACUCAUAUCUGUGUGUAACAUCACCGAUGGCGCUCUGCUGGCCAGCGUUGACCUCCCUGCCUACCUGAGCUCAGGCCUGGCAGAGGACGACUCGCUCUCCCCGUCUCCCUCCUUCUCCUCACCUUCCUCCUUCUGCCUCCUCCAGGUGUCAGCUGAUCUCAGUACAGCUGUGGCCGUCACUCAGUCCCACACCGCCGUUGCCGUCGAUCUCAACGACUACUUCAGGAUGAAUCCAGACCACCUACUGUGUGCUGUCCCCCCCGAACGCCCCCCCCUCCAGCCACAGCACCCGAGAGACCAGGACAGUCUGUCGAGCUCCAGCUGCAGCCUCGCCGCCCUCGGAUCAAACUUCAGCACCGACCGCUCCUGGGAAGCUCGCCUGGCCUCCAUGUACAGCAGAGCCCAGCAGGCUCCAGCUCCCUGUUCCUCCUCCUCGUCCUGGUCCUCCUCCCUCCCCCACCUGGAGUCCCACCAGGCUCCACCCUCCGCCCACAGCAGGGUCCCCUCCGGUGGAGCAACCGUCGCUUUCUCUGUCCCCGAGUCGUCUGCUCCGUCUCUGCUCACUGUCUCCGAGUUCUCAGCCCUGCUGACCUUCGUCUCCCCUGGCAACGCACAGACCACAGUGGCCUCAUGGGAUUUGGAGUCCGGGCGUGUGAGCUACCACCAGGAGGAGGGCGAGGCGGCUCCGGUUCAGCGCUGUGGAGAGAGACAGCACAGACUGCUGCUGAAGAAGACCGGUUUGUUCCAGGUCUUGUUCUCAGUUUCCCAGCAGGACUUGCUCAGCAGGUUGAUGUUGUUUGGCAGCGCGGCGACUGUAGAUGCAGUGUGUCACCUGAACAGCUGGGGGCGCUGCUCCAUCCCCAUCCACGCCCUGCAGGCUGGACUCAAGAACCGUCAGCUGGACACUGUGGAUUUCUACCUGAAGAGCAAAGAAAACAUCCUGAACCCAUCGACAGGAUUCAGUGCUGCUGAUCAGCCACCAGCCUCCACACUGAGCCUGAUAGACUGUGUCCAGGAGCUGUGUCCUGCCUUGGACCUGCUGUGCUCGGCCAUCAGAGACUCGAACAGCGAAGCUCAGAGCCGACAGUUCUCAGAACAGCUGCUCAACAUCACCAUGAACUUUGUCAACACACAGAUCCGCUCUGUGCUGUCCAUCUCACACUGUGAGGAUGCAGGUGUGCGGAGCUGUGUGGACGUUCUGGAUCGGUACGUCACCGAGCUGAGGAGCUACAUGAAGAGAUUUCCGUGGCCUGUGGGGGGCGACGCCUCCAGCACAGACUCUGCUGCUCCGGCUCAGGAGGAGGCGCAGGAGGACGAGUGGGAGCAGCUCCCAACAGAGGAAGUGGUCCGCCAAUCCAUCCUGACCAAUCAGAUCCCCAGAGCUCAGGCCGUCCUGAGGAGGCGGAGCUGCCCAGAGCAGCGUCUGUCGGCUCUGAGGAUGGAGGGUCUGCGGCAGGUCUUCUCCUGCCUGCAGCACCGAGACCUGCAGACCGCCAACAAACUCCUCGUUAACAUGGGUUUCAGUGUGAAGAAGCAGCUCCACAGUAUCUGCCUUUACACCGACGACAAGGACCUGAGGGAGUUUGUGGUGGAGGAGCUGUCGAGGCGGAGUUAUUUUACAGAGGACGAGAUGCAGAGUGUGGCGUUCAUCAGGGAGAUGGAGAGGCUGGGGUCACUGCCUGCAUCUCGCUGUCCAGCAAAUACCACAUCACAAAGGGUCGUUCAGAUGCUUCACAGGGAGACAGGAGGUGGAGAGGAGGCUCUGGAGGAGCUCGUGGGACAGAGGAGGUCUGACGAGGAGGGCGGCCUCUGGAGGAACCUCAGACUGGACUGGGUCAGGAACUGGGACCAGAGCUGCCAGACCGCCGUCCUCCUGUCCAGACUGCAGCACACAGAGUUAGGCUCCUGUGACUCUGCGGUGCUGUGGCGUUACCUGACCGCCCUCCACGACCAGAACCGGGUGGUGAGCUGGAUCCAGUACAGGGAGACUUCGGACGCCUCCCUGUGGCCGGAGCUAACUCCAGAGCUGGUUAACAACAACACGGUCUGCAGCACCUACAUGAGGGAGAACAUCCUGGACCUGCUGGCCAGGAGAGGCCUGUUCAUCCCAGAGGAGCUGGCAGAUUUGGAGCAGCUGCUGUGGAGGCUGGCUCAGGGUGGAGGGGUGAUGGCCUCACCCCCUCCCAUCCCUCAGUACCGCUCCUCCCUCGGCCUGGACCUCCACAGCCUCUUCAUCACCUUCUGUCUGGAUCGCAGCCUGCAGUACCUGCUCUACACCUACCUGGAGCACUACAGACUGACGCCCAGAAACUGCCCCCUCCUGACCAACCAGAGCCUGCCUCAGAGUCAGCCCUGGUUUGAGAUGCUGGUGAAGAUCCAGGAGAUCACCAGGGAUCUGUCAGACCCAGGACUGGUCUUCCAGGCCAGUUUAACCAGUGCUCAGGUGCUGUUACCAGGCAGCCAGGCGUCUCUCAGCAGUCUGCUGUUAGAGGGACACAGUCUGCUGGCUCUGGCUGCCAUCAUGUUCGCCCCCGGAGGAAUGGACCAGGUGGUGGUCCAGGGUGAGCGGUCAGGCAGGUCAGAGAGGACGGUCGACCCUCAGCUCCUGAAGAUGGCGCUGGGCCCCCACUCCAAACUGAAGGCCGCCCUGUUCCCCGCCGGGCCCCGAGGGACCGGCCCGUCCUCCGACAUCUCCGUCUACCACCUCCUGCAGUCGCUCCAUCCUCUGGAUCCAUCCAGGCUGUUUGGAUGGCAGGCAGCAAACACCCUCAACUCCACCGAGACGACGGAGCUGCCUCAUUUCUCCAGCCCUCACCUGGUCAACAGGUUCGCUCUGGUGGAGAACCUGGACUUCCUGUACUACCUCCGUCACGGCCGACCGUCCUUCGCCUACGCCACCUUCCUGGUCCAGCAGCUGAGCAGCUGCAGCGACGUGAAGCUGCUUUUGCAGCAGGUCGGGCAGCAGGUGUACAGGUUGGCCCUGCAGAGUUUCAACGCGCCGUCUGUGGCGUCCGCGGCCGUUUGCUUCUGCGAGCUGCUGGGAGUCUGCAGCCUCAAACUGAGGGUCGACGUCAGAGCCAUGAACGCCAUCCUGCAGCACUGGAACCAGCACAACACACACACUGCUCCUACACAGCAUCUACACACUCUGGUGUCUAAAGGGGUGAAGCUGGCAGAGGCGGAGCCUGGAGCAGCAGAGGAGCUGAUUGGCUGCCUGGAGGCUGCAGUGACGGACAGUCUAGAGCAGAAGGGCAUCAGCAGGUCGUCCUACGAGGCGGCUCAGGAGUGGGCGUUACCUGUUCAGUUCUGUCAGCUCCACAGUCUGAAGCUCAGCUCUGUUUACCCCGCCCACUGCGCCCAGGACGGACAGUUCAUCCACUUCCUGUUGUUUGUCCAGCUGCACAACUUCCCGCCGCAGCAGGUGAGGUCCCUGGUGGCUCUGUUUGGCCCCGCCCUGCAGGCCCACCUGAGUCUGGCGUUUCAGGACCUGCAGGUGUACAGUCAGAGGAGGAGCUGUGGCUCUGAGGAGCAGCUGCAGUCUCUGAGCACAGAGGCGACUCCUGGGAGUCCGGAGGAGCACCCCAGGGAGCUGUUCCAGGUCCUCCUGCAGAGCCAGGAGGAGGCGUCGCCCUGCAGGUACCUGCUGCAGGAGGCUCUGCUGCAGCGCUGCCCGACGCUGGCCGUACUGGCUGCCUGUCAACAGGGGGUGGAGCUGCUGCCCUGCCUGUGUGUGUGGGUGUUGACCUCCGUCGAUGACAUCACAGUGGGAGAAGCCACCUCCCACCUGGUCGAAGCCCCCCAGCACCACGAGUGGACCCUGCACGACCUGUCAAUCAUCUGGAGGACGCUGCUGGGGCGGGGCUGCAUCAGGCCCCUCCUACGAGGGUUCGAGCUCUUCCAGAGGGACUGUCCUCUGGUGCUGGUGCUGAGGAUGUUCGAGCUGUGUUGCGACUACAGGAACUUCUCUGAGGCCAAAGCGAAGCUGCUGGACUUCCAGAGGAUGCUCAUCGCUCUGAGGAACGGGAGUCCAGUGCCCUCUGGUGGACUCCCUCUGCAGUGGGUGGAGAGCCAGGCCUCGGUGCUGCUCCUCACCAUGCUGCAGCACUGCUCCUCCCAGUACGACCUCCACCGCCUGCUGCAGCUUCUGGCCGACGUCGACAAACUCCUCAAAUCCAACGGUCCGGACUUCAGGAAGCUCAGUCAGUUCAGUCAGUUGCUGCAGGGGUCAGAGGUCAGCGUGUCUCCCAGGCUGCUGCAGUGCACUUCUCCCUCCGUCCAGCAGGAGGAGUUCCAGGCCGCCGUGGACGCUCUGCAGGCCAGAGGGCGCUACAGCCAGGCCAGAGAGGUCGCCCUGCUGGCCGGCCUGUCCGUCCACCGCCUGCUGCUUAGCCAGCUGCUUCAGGAAGCAAACGCCCAGAAGUCUAAGACACAGUGGAGGAGGUUGGAGACCCGAGUCAGUUUCUGGAGGAAAUGUCAGGAGCAGCUGAAGGCUGACAGCACUGAUCCAGAAUCAGCCUCUCAGUUCUUCCUGUCACAGGCCGAGGCAGACGACUCCGCUGCUGCCGAGGCUCAGACCGAGCUGCUGGACGUCCAGGAGCGCUGCCUGCUGCUCGGCCUCGCCGCUCACUGGCUAUCCCAGCUCAGCCCGGCUCCCGUGGACCAGCUGGAGAGCCUGGAGAAAAAGCUGUGGGUCAGCCGGGUCCGACGACACAUCCUCACCGUCGCCAUGGAGAAGGAGAGCGUUUUCAACCUGCCGCCGCCCGCCGCCACGCCUGAAAUGAACACAUACGAAGGGCUCAUGAAGGAGUUCUCCUUCUCUAACAUAUCGGCUCUGAACACAGAGCGGUGCCUCAGUCUGGACGGACUCCCAGCUCCCUCUGAGGAGCAGGAGGAGCUGGGUGUCACCUCAGGGCUGAGUCCAGAGGAGAGGAGGGUUCUGGCUGCACUCAUCGGUCAGUUAUUAGAUGAUGGCAGCAUCCACGAAGCCAGCCGCGUCUGCCGCUAUUUCUCCCUGCAUCACCCGGACAUGAGGGUGGUGCUGCGCUGCCGGGGUCUGGCGUCCGGAGAACUCAGCCUGGAACCGCAGGAAGAAGCAUCAGAAGCUCUGCAGAGGAAGAGCUUUACCACCUCUCCCUCACUGAGCAGCCUGUCCUCGUUCAUCAUGCUCCCCGGCCCCGAGGACGAGGUCGCCGUCCAGCUCCAGAACCUGGUGGAUCAGUGUCGCCACGGCAGCAACUACUGUAAACAAGUCCUCAGCCUCUACCAGCUCUCCAAGGAGCUGCAGAGCUCCUUCAGUCAGAUCUGCGGGGAGGAGCCUCGCUCCGUGUUGGAGAUGCUGCUGCUGUCGGAUCAGCCCGAGCGCUUCAGAAAGGCUCAGGCCUUCAUCAGAGCUCAGGGUCUCUCUGCAGACACCGUGGCCGAGCUGGUCUCCUCCGCUGUGGUCCAGGCGCUGCUGGCCUCCACCCAGGAGCUCCAGCCUGCAGAGAAGCAGGUGUUCAGGCCGUCAGAGGGGCGGGACUCCCUGAUCCAGCUGAUCAAACUGUGUGACGACCCGAACCUGGUGGGAGUCAAACUGCUGGAGAACCUCAACACUGUUCCACUAAGAGACCUGAGCUGCAUCGUGGAGUCGCUGAUCGUGGCUCACGACUGUUUCAGCCUCACCUGUAACAUGGAGGGGAUUGUCAGGGUGCUCCAAGCCGCCCGUCACCUCAGCCACACCUACCUGGCCCCAGGAGAGCACUACAGCCUGCUGGUGCGUCUGCUGACAGGUAUCGGCAGGUAUAAUGAGAUGACGUACGUCUUCGACCUGCUGCAUCAGAACCACCGGUUUGAGAUGCUGCUGAGGAAGAAGGUGGACACGGACAGAGGACAGAGCUCCAGUCUGAAGACGGCUCUGCUGGAUUACAUUAAACGCUGCCUCCCCGCAGACAGCGAGAAACACAACAUGGUGGCGCUGUGUUUCAGCAUGAGGAGGGAGAUCGGAGAAAACCACGAGAUGGCCGCCAGGACUCAGCUGAAGAUCAUCGAGUCUCAGGCCUGGGUCGUCAAUCCUGAGCUGAAGAGUUCGUUGGUCAAAGUGUUGGCUCUGCUGAAGGAUGCUGCAGAGAGCUUCUCUAAGGACUCAUGUGUGCGUCAGGCGAGUCGCUGUGUGCGGACGGCUAAGCUAGUUGCUCUUCAACUCCACUUCCUGAACCAGGGAUCAGACCUGCGUGUCAUCAACCUGCGACCUGCAGAGCUGCUGAACACCGUCGUAACGCUGCCACGAUGUUACCAGGUGUUUGUGGUGUCGGAGGCGUACAGCUACAGUCCAGACUGGGCAGAGAUUUUAUACCAGAAGGUGAUCCUGAAAGGAGACUUCACUUACCUGGAGGAGUUCAAACACCACCGCCCACUGACCUCCAGCCUGUUUGAGGACAUUUUCAAGAAGCUGGACGGCGCUCCCAGCAGCAUCACUCCAAACGUGAAGCGCCUGCUGACGCACUGCGAUGACGUGUACAGCCGCUACAGGCUGGCCUACCAGCAGAAUCUGUACGACGUUACCAAAACGAUGCUGCAGGACGCCAAAACCUCCAACUACCUGAACGACAGACUCGCCAGCUGAUCAACGGACUCACUGACUAACUGGUUUACUAACUAACUGGCUGACUGACAGCUAAUGAAGACAACAGAGCCAAUCACAAAUAACUGUCAAUGUACAACACUUAUUUAUAAAAAACAAAAGAAACAAGAAAAACUUGUCUUUUCUAACUGUUCUUUCAAAUGAACUGAAUAGAAUAAAUUUAUACUAAUAAAUGAAAAAGACAAAUGAAACACUGCAGACUUACUUUCCCAGAAACGUUGUCGUCACUGCCAAUAACUAAACAAAGUCUUCGUAAUGUGAUAUAACAACUGUACAGAGAUGAAAAUGUAAAUUAAAGACUCUUUCUAAACUG